CACUCAUGACUCAACAAAACUAAACGUGGAAAUGAAAAGAAUAAAUAAAUUCUUCUCGCCAAAAAACGAUGCUAACUAUUCAACAAACAUUCCGAAGCAUAAUGGAUCCAUUCUAUAUCGUCCACUGAUUACGAUUUCUCACACAAUCACACACACGCUCUCGUUUCGCCUAAUAUAAAUACCAACACAAAAAAAUGAACAAGAAAGCUCUAUCAAUUUUGAUGCGCGCCAGAAUGAAGCCUCACGAUCGACCUAACCUUUCGCUCUCUCCUCUCCCUCUAACUAACGUGGCGAGUAAAAUGCAGCAGCAGAAUACACACAAAGGAAAUUCAGCGCCUAAUGAUUCAGGCAACUCCGAGAGCGAGUUUAAGCUCGUCAAUGCCUCGAUGCACUCUGCAAUUUCAAUGCAUAAAACGGAGGUUCUAGAUGAUGUGCUUAAUAACUUCUCUGAGGGUUAUUUUACACUUUCUGAUGAAAACCGUCGCAAGUUGCUCCUUGUCCUUGCUAGAGACUAUGAUCUCAAUAGAUCACAAGUUCGCGAACUGAUAAAACAGUACCUUGGACUUGAACUUCCCGCUGACAAAGCUCAAGCGAACGGAUCUGAAGAAGAAGGCUUGUUUUCUUCUUUCUAUCGCAUUGAGCGGAAUUUGAGGCAUGCCCUACAGCCAGUUUAUGAAGUUCUCUUUGAUCGACUCAACACACAUCCUGGAGGGUUGAGAUUCUUAUCCAUUCUUCGGGCAAAUAUCCUAUCUAUUCUCAGAGAGGAAAAUAUUGCUUCUCUGAGAGCAUUGGAUUCUUGUCUAAAAGAAAAACUUAGUACGUGGCUUAGUCCUGCUGCAUUAGAGCUACACCAAAUUACAUGGGAUGAUCCUGCUUCCCUGCUGGAGAAAAUUGUUGCUUAUGAAGCUGUGCACCCUAUAAGCAACCUUCUAGAUCUUAAGAGAAGGCUGGGAAUUGGUCGUCGUUGUUUUGGAUAUUUACAUCCAGCAAUUCCUGGCGAACCUUUGAUUUUCAUUGAAGUUGCACUAAUGAAGAAUGUGGCUCAAACUAUACAGGAAGUUUUGUGGGACAGUCCUCCUAUACCUGAAAGUGAGGCAACAAGUGCAGUGUUUUACUCAAUAUCAUCAACUCAGCCUGGCUUAGCGGGGAUCAACUUGGGAAAGUUUCUUAUCAAACGUGUUGUAAAACUGGUGAAAAGAGAGAUGCCACAUAUUUCUACCUUUGCAACCCUCAGUCCCAUCCCAGGAUUCAUGACAUGGCUCUUAUCCAAGUUGGCAUCUCAAACAGUGCUUGCUGAAGGAGACAUGUCACAACCUGUGGCCGAGGAAUCUGCUUCCACAUUCUUUGAAAACAUACUUGAACCUGAUGAAGAAGCAGCACUUAUGAGUUUGCCUAAAGAUAUUUCCACAGGGAAAAACGGAAUGGAAGUUCUAUUCAACCUGCUUACUUCUAUAUCCUACAAUUGGAUCCAUUCUCCGGAAACUUUGUCAGCACUUAAUCCCCCUUUGAUGCGCUUAUGUGCCAGAUACCUUCUGCAAGAGAAGAAAAGAGGAAAAGCUUUGGACUCUGUAGCAAAUUUCCACUUACAAAAUGGAGCGAUGGUUGAAAGAAUAAAUUGGAUGGCAGACCUAUCAGAAAAAGGUCUUUCUCAAAGUGGAGGCAUCAUGGUGAACUAUGUAUAUCGUCUGGAUAAUAUAGAAGAAUAUGCUCAUUCAUACUUCAGCAACGGCGUAAUCCAUGCUUCAAGUGAUCUUCAGCGCCAUGUUGAGCCACGGAGUGACAUAUAAUAAAUACGUCUUCUUCUCAGAGUAUACCUGAUGGUUUUAUCAAAACAAUGGAACAAAUGCAUACAAGUCAACAAUUGAGGAACCCUGUAGUUUAAAUUAUUGAUAUUUUUGUACAGAGAAUAUGAGGCAGUUGAAUAGGUAUCUAAUCCAAUUUGUUGUUGAAAUACGACAGAGGCAGUUGAAUAGGUAUGUAGUCCAAUUUGUUGGUGAAAUACGACAGGAAACAGAAGUCUAAACUUCCUUGUUAUUUUUGUCA